UAUUUAAAAGAUGAGCCUUACCCCUUUCAAAAUGAUGUUAACAAGGUCACUGCGUGCCUGAGAGUGCUUGCACAAAAGCCAACUGCCACUUCCUUUCUUUUGUUUUGGGAUUAGCUCAGAAGCAAUCCCUUAGAGUGAAGCCUCUUCUCUCCCCACUGAAAUAAAGAGGAGAACUAGGAGCUUGUUUCUCAGAUUUAGACAACCUCAGCAAGGAUUUCAUCUCCAUGCAUUGCUUAACCAGGCUGAUUUGGUCAACGGUUAAUGUUAGAAGGCAGCUGAAAAGAAAGAUUUCUUUGCAAGUUGCAGGAAAUAGCAAAACAAGAUGAAGAUCCUAGUUCUGACUACGACCAUCUUGAAUUCUGUGGCUUUCUUCCCGAGAGACACCAAAGCAGCUCAAAGAGUUGAACCCUUCUUCCCACCCACUGGAAGAUCUAAACCAUUCUUUGCCCCUAAUACUGCUGCGCACAUCCAAAGUACUAAGAAUGAGAAUGCCUCCGUAGAUGACAGUACCAUUGCCAUAUCAAACGCAAACAACCUCCUUAGGACUUACACCACUACUCGAGAGGAAGAAGCAGAACCAGCGAUUAUAUCCUUUAUUGGUACCACAACCCUCAUGAGAGAAAGCAGUACAAAAAAAACUGAUGCCACAGCUAUUCUAGAGAAUUAUACAGCUCUGCUUGAUGUUCCUGAUUUGGAGAACCAAAACACAAUUAAUGCUACUUACCGGGAAAGAUAUGGCAAAACUGCAAGCAACAUUACUGAUCUUUCACAGAAAGACAAUUCUAUUGUAAUUAAUGCUACAAACAGGAAGAAUGAUCAUAGAACUACAGUAAAUACUCAAAUACCUAGCAUUUCCUCUGCAAAAAAUGACUUUGAAUCUAUUCCUAUUUGGAGUACUUACAAGACUGAUACUAAAUCUAUCAUGAUUGCCACUGACAUUGAUGAAGCUACUUCCAAUAUCAACCCCAUUAAUACUAUUUCCAAUAUUAAUCGGAUAAAUCCUGUUCUUAAUUAUAGAAUGUAUAAAGAAAACAGUAAUCUUAUUGGUAAUUCUGAUGAUACCAAAACAAUGUUAGAUGUAGGUAAAAAUAUGCAUGUGGGGGACUUGAUUACUUUCAACACAAACGGCAUUAGUUCUAUAAAGGAUCGUGCUAACCCUAACCCCAUAGAACCAUUGCCAGACACCAAUAUUAACUUUAAAAUAACUUCGCCUUCAAAGGAUAAUCCAACAAUAAAAGGCAGACACACUGUUCGGAUAGAAAACAUCAAAAUGCCUAACAAUAACUAUAUUGCUAAAGCAACUAGAUCUAAAGUAGAUGAUUUAAUAACUAAGCGCCAUUCUAAUAUUCCUGCAAAUGCAUAUGUCAAAACAGAUAGGAACAAUUUUAAGUCUGUGAACACUGAUAAAAUUGAGUUUGUUAUUCCUUGGGUCCAAAAAAUUACAAAUAUGGACCAAGAUGAUGAAGUUGGAGGAGAAGUCAUCUUCAUUCAUCCAGAUACUUCCAUGAAAGAAAUUGGAAGAAAAGUUUACUCUCUUUACCCUGAUGUAGAUUAUGCCCAAACAGCAAGAAACAAAAUCAUCCUCUCUGACAUCUCUGAUAUGUUCAAUCCUUUUUUCAAAUACAAAGUAAAGCUCAUUAGUCUCUCUAUCAAUAAUGACCAUGCUUAUGGUGGUGCAGGACCUAACCCUAAAACAGACUUUCCUAUGCACAAAGUAUACACUCUUCUGUCAGCAGCAGAACCACCUGCUCUAAUGCCUAAUGCUCAAAAUAAUCAAGCUCAAAAGCCCCUGCUAAUUAAAGAUCCUUUGAGUGGUGCUUGGAUAUCAGAUUCUGUGACUGAAAAUCCUCAUGUCAUUAAUGAUACCAUUAUACAAAAACAGAAAAUCAAUAAAGGAUCAGAGGAUACUUUGAACCAUCCAUUGGAGUCUACUUUCCUUACUGCUAAUUUCACCUCUCCCAGUGAUGUGUACAAUGUCACUGCCAGUGCAAGUAAGCAGACCACAAAUACAACAAACAGUUCUGAUCUGGUGAUUGAUAAGGCCACCAUGCCAGAAGGAAGGCACACUGUAACCACUGCCUCUCUGUCUGCAAGGACAGCUGGUAUUCAUACACCAAGAAAAGGAUUUGGAAGUCUGAUGGACAAAAAAAUGUCUGGUGAGGAAGAAUCUACUCCCUAUGUGGAAGUAAAGUCUUCAGUGGGAGAUGAUGCUGUUUUCCAAGUAAAAGAAGACCUUCUACCUGCACAUAAUUUCAAGUACUUUGAAUCAGGAGACAGUGGCUUUGAAAGGAAUGGAUUUGUGGCUGUUGAUACCACAAAGUCUCUUUCCCAGUUAAAUAGUAUUAUACCUAUUGCUGAAGUAACAAUAAGUGAGAGAGACCUUACCAAUUCUGGAGAAGAUUUUUUUGAUAUUCUGUAUGAUUUCACUAACCCAGAAAAUGGCAAAACACAUUUUAAGACAAUGGCUACUGAUAGUCUGAGCAACAGUGUAGCUGUGAAAGAGAACAUGGCAGCAGAAAGCACUGAAUUCCUUCCACCUCAUAAUUCUAUCUUCCAGACUGGAAGAGUGGAUCACCAUAUACUCCCUAAUGCAUACUACAAUGUAAUCAUUGAUAAUCCACCUACUAUUACCAAAGAGAACCAAAAUCUUGCUCAGAGCAUCAUGAAACAUAAAUUAUCACUCCCCACAUUGGGCAAUGCACACCUUAUUAAUUAUAGGGAUGGCCAUCAAACCCCUUUUGCUGUCACUUCAAGUAAUAAUAAAAGACUGACCAGUGAUGACAAAAUGGAUGGGGCUGAAAUAGCAAACACCCCUCUUGGCAUUAGCUACACCCCUGUAGCUAAUGAUAUUUACUAUGCAGAUCAAAACACUGAAGUUAUAACAGACUUGGCUUUAACAGCUUCCACCUCACCAGUAAAGAAAGGCCUUCUGACCAUGAAUAAAGUUAGUACUUUUAGCUAUAAACCUAAUAAACCAGGAGAUGACUUUACCAUUUCCAAAGAUCUUGAUGUAUCUAGAGAUAAUGGCACUGUAUUAAUAGUUGAUCCCUCUAUCUUUACAAAGUCUAUUGCCCCUAGUCAAGCAACAAGCCCUGUAAAAAAAACCUCUUUGGCAGAUAUCAUAAUACCAAAAACUUUUUAUAUUAAGUCUACCCCAGUGACUUUGACUGUACCUGUCACCACUGCUCCUCAAGGAUAUAUUGAUACCAUGUUUUAUAUUCCACAAUAUGAAUCUGAAAAUACUUUCAAGGAAGAUAUAACACUGAACUAUGAAGCAGAUCCUCCAAACAACAUAGACAUUAUGGCAGAGGAAGAAGACAUACUUACAGAAGAAAAUGUGAGGGAUCAUAUUUAUGUUACACCUAUUGCAGGUGAUAAUGUUCCUGAAGGCAAUAACUUGGCAGCUAAACACUGUUCUCUUAAUUCUGAUGUAUAUAACUCCAUCGGCUUCAAAGGAACAACCAAAAGCAUAGCUGGCCAACUUGACUUUGAGGAUCCUGCAUCAUCCUAUAUGACUGAAAUCUCAAAAUCUCCAUUUGAGAAAUCCAUUCCUGAGUUUCAAGAAAAAGUUGUUGUAAGAAAUAGUAAUAGUGGUGCUGAACAUGUUGCAUUUUUUGGUGAUAUUUAUCCAAAGAUGAAAGAAAAUGUCCCAAAAGGAUAUACUUUUCCCCCUAAAAGAAGACACAACUUUAAGAUUCCCAUGAAAGAUAAUAUAAAGUCUGCUCUGGAAACCACUAUGUUAUUAGAUAAAGGAACUUCCAGCAAAAAGUAUUCAUCCUAUAUUGAUGAACAAACUCAUCCAGGAACAGAAAAAGACCAAGUUGCUACAGGUAGCAUAACUAAUUCUCAUAUGAUCAUUAUACCUGUGACCUUCUCCACACCUGUUUUCUCUGAGGACAUAAAUGUGGGAAACUAUUACAGUGCACCAGAAACAAGUCCUCCUUUAUCACUGAGAUAUGCAAAUACAUUGAGAGAUGAUUUCUUUAUCCUUAGGCCAGUGGCCACUCUAGCAAAGGAAAAUAAUCUAGAUGGCAUGGACUUGAUCACCAUUGAACCUGAUAAAAGUGAUUCUGAAUAUAUUUCAAAUAAGCAUACUUUUGAACUAGAAAAGGAAGAAAACAAUUCUAUUAAGAAACCUGUUCAAUCUACACAUGGACCCAAUAGAUUUUUGUCUUAUAUACCCUCCCCUAAAGGUGAGACCUCAAAGAGUCUCCUGUAUAGACUAACUCAACCUGAAUUUAAAACUAAAGAGAAGUAUCAAACUAUUAUUCUCAAAGAAGAAAAUUCUGACUCUGAUAUUUUUGCCACUUCUUUCAAAGAUUACACCAAAAACUUCAACACUAGGCAUCUGAAAACCCUGGUGCCUUCCCUAAUUGAUGAAGAUGAGAUGUUGUCCCCUGAGUUCCAAGAAAAAACAUCUGCAGGAAAGAGCACGCUAAGUGAAGAUGAUGUUAUCAUCAUUCUUCCUGAAGUUUCUGAUUUGGGAAAUAAAAAAAGCAACUAUUUCCCUGUACCACACACAGAAACAAUUAUCAUGGAAGAGAGCAGAACAUCUAACGAUGUCCCCACUGACUAUGGUGUGAUGGCCAGCCCCAUAAAAAGUCAAGGUCAUUUCUACAGGAAAGGCAUUUCAUCCAAUGUUUACAACACAGCUCCUGUGGGGUUGGCUGACUCCAUCACAUCAGAAGACUCAAAAGUCAAUGAAAAUAAAAUGGGUUUCUCUGAAGUAAUGCCUUCAGAUGAUCACAUUAACCCCUUGCCUCAGGACAUUGCCUCCCAAGUUAAGAACAUCCCCUACGUUAGUGAAAUUACUAAAGGUGUAAUAAAAACGACUUCAGUAGCUUCUCUGAAUCCUGUUAAAGCCAACAAAAUGCGAACAAAUGCCACCACUAUUUCACAUAGCGUCUCUGCCUUGGACUCUAAGGAAAGCAAUGAAAAUGGUGAAUCCAUUAUGCCUGCAGUGGAUGGUAUCCUGUCCAACAAAUUAAACUCUCUAUUAAUUCCCAAUCAGAAAAUACCUAGAACUGCAGUUGUUUUUAGUAAAAUUGAUGGUUCUUUAUCUGAUAAACUGGUGUCACUACAAGAAUCAGAGCCAUUGGGUGAAGACUCUGUUAUUAUAGACCAAAAUAGGGGAGUCACCAAGGAGCACAGUGACCCUCAGUUCUUCUCUAUGAUCUCCUCUGUUCCUCUAGAUGUUACUACUCUUUUAGAGAAUUCUACAAAUGUAGUCACUGGCAUGCCUACCACUGAAAACGUAGGCAUUAAUAAUAAAUCUGACAUUAUGGCCUUUGUACCUAAUAUAUCCCUUCAACCUAUAAUCUAUAAAAAUGAGCAGAUAAAUAACACUUCUGACCAUGUUGUAAAUAAAGCAGUUACCAAUCCAUCUGCAAAAGAAGUCACUACCUCAGAAACUGAAGCCAAUGCAUUCCUCAAGAAAAAUACAGGUGUUGUAGAAGAUGAAUCUCAUACUUCUGAAGCCAAAAUUCCAGUGAACUUAAGAGACAUAAAUUCAAUGGACAUUAAUCUUUUCACUCUUAAACCUGAUGUUGCUUAUGUUGAACAGAAAGCACCUGGAACUUUAAAACAAAUAUUUUACCCUGAUUCCACAGUGAGCACCACAAAGCCAACAAAGGCCAGGACUAUGAGCUCAUUUUCUCUUGAUAAUGAUAACUUAAAGAGAUCUACUACAAACUCUUAUAAUAAUAACUUAUACCAUCUACCCUUGAAACCAACCCCUCCUCCUACUGAUUUUGUUGCUGAUUUUAUUAAAAUCACUCACUCUGAACUUAAUCCAGCACUCAAUAUGAGAGAGAGCAACAAAAAAUUGACUGAUGAGUCUAUUAUAUCUAAUAGUAUAAUUCUCCUACCUGAUAAAGAAAUCAUUUCACCUAACAAUAUUAUCUUUUUGGAUGACAUAAGGAAUAUUGCAAAUGAAAAAAGAUAUGUAGAUUCUACAGAAAAAGAUAAGGUAACUCAAUAUGAAGAUUUUUCAGUAGACUCAGAUGUGGUUUUUCCUGCAAGGGAAAACAAUCCAAAUAAUAUAAAUCUAUCAACUGCUGGGCUUGAUAGCAGUACUGUUAAAUAUGUAACAGAGGAAAGUACCUUUAAUGUUGAAGAAGAAGGAAAGAGCCCCACAACAGAAGUACCUGCUUUUAUUCAAGGUCUCCACAGAUUUGAAUCUCCCUUCUCCACUGCCCAUGUCACUGGGAGUUUAUUGAAUGAAAAUCCUGUAGGAUUCAAAACUAAACAAAAAUACCAAAUUCUGAUCUCCAGGAAAGAAACCCCUUAUUCUUAUGAAGAUGACCCCUUUCUCAAAGAUUAUACUGCCAAAUUCAUGAAUAAGUCACCUGGAACCAGGACUCACUCCCUAACAUAUGAAAAUAAAAAAAUGUCCCCUAGGUUUCCAAGUGAUUUAGCUCUGGAAGGUGGUACCUUAUAUGGAAAUGACAUCAUCACUAUUUUUCCAGAAAGCAAAUGGAUUGAGCAAAUCAAUGCCCCAGAGCUAGACUCAAAGGAAACUGUAGGAGAAAGCAGGUCAUUCCCAGAUGAAAUCACUGAUCUCACCUUAAGUGAAACUCCAAUAAUAAGCAAAGACCAGCUCAACAGGAGAUAUGUCACAUUCACUUUUCUUUAUGACCAGAGGAAACCCACUAUUUCACUCAAGUCAGAACAUAAUCAAGACAAAACUUUGAAGGCUGAGAAUUAUCAUUUACAGGAUGUCACUACUCCUUUAGUUACAUUCAAUGUCAACCUUGAUAAUGAAUUUCACUUUGUUGAGGAAGAUUCUGAGACUACAAAAAACAAGCCUUUAACUUCUUCAGCUAUGAAGACAGCUCCUACUAUGGCUGGUACCCCUGUUCUUCCCAUUCAGAACAAUUAUGAAGUGAGUAAUUCAAUGCAACCCGAUAAAAAUAAUGUUAGGUCUAGAGAAUUCCAAUUUCCACUAACAACUGAAAAUGACAUUCUCAUGCCAGAAGUCUUAACUGAGGAUUCCAUCCUAAAGAGUAAUAACCCCUUAACUGACUCCUCAAAGUCAGUAUUGGGAGUAUUAGAGACAGUGACUGAAUACCUUGAUCUUAUUGAUGGAACUGAUAUUUCAGGAAAUCAGGGCAUUCAAAUUCAAACAGACCUUCAGCCCCACUCCUUGGACUCCAUUAUUUCUCCUAUUGAUUCAACAACUUUUACCAGCAGUUCUACAGAUGAUGAGGCUGAUUCAACACCUACUAUGGAGAGAGACACUGCUAAUUCUAAAGUUAAGACAGAUGCCCAACCUCUGAGCACAAUAAUGAAAAUCCUUUCAUCUAGACAAAGAAGACCUUUCCCUUCUGAAAUAAAGAAAAUAGCUAAACUCUCUGCUGAGGAAGAACCACCUGCUAAAUUCAAUUCAGGUCCCAUUAUAAAUUCAACAGCACUUGUUCCAACUUUGGAGAAAACCCUUGUCUCAACCCCUGAUUCCAGUGCCCUCUCCAAGAGCAAUAACAGCAAGGGGGAGGAACACAGUAUUUCUGGAGCAGGCAAUUUUGCUUUAGGAGAUUCAAGGAUGUUGAAAGAUGAUUCAUUUAUUGAUAAAUUUAAUAUUUCUACUAAAAUUCAAGCUCCUCCCAAUUUAAAAAUAAUCCAUUCAGCUGAUUCCUCCAUGACUUUGGGAAAGACUAUAAAGCUUAAGGAUGAAAACUCCACUUCUUUUGAUGAAGAUACAGGCACAGCAGGUUUGCUUCAUAAUGCUCCCACUGGAAUCUAUGAAUUACUAUGGAAGUUGAGUAUUUCUCCUAAUUUCACAACUUCUCUGAGUUCAUCUAAAUAUUCUGAACUUGAUCCAGUUGUCAAAAUGAAAAAAAAUACUACAACAAAGACUAAUAACAGUGUUCCAUUUCAGGAAAGAUACAUUCCAUCUCCAAAGCACAUUACUUCACCAAGUAACAAUUCUUUAACAAAAGAUAUGUUGAACACUAUUCUUAAAAGAAGAUUUGUGCACAGAUAUUUUGUAGGGAAAGAUAUAAUCCCUGAAUAUGAAGUAUUAUCUAUUACAGAAAACAUUUCAGAUAUUUCUUUAGAUAGUGAAAAUAUUCCAAAUGAUGAUUAUAUAAUAAGCACUGCUCUUGACAACAGAGGUCUUGAGUAUGUUGCAAAUGAAUAUGUCUUUGAACAACAGGAGGAAAAAAACAACUCCAUUACCAAGACACCUACUCUCAGUUAUGACCCCAAAAUAGUUGGGUCAUGUCCAUUAUACUCCAGUGCUGAUACCUCUGAAUAUGCAUUUCAAGAUGCUCCAGUUGAGAACAAAAUUAAAGAAAUACUACGAACUUUGAUAUCUAGAAAGGAACUUGCCAAUUCUGAGCUUGAUGCUAUUGUUCCCAAAAGUUCCACUGACAAUUUGAAUUCUAAGUCUUUCAAAUCCAUAAUUUACCCCCUAACUCACUCAAGUGAUAAUUUUUACAACAUUUUUCAUGAAACAACUCUAAAAGAGGACAGUCUGAGGGAAGAUGACACUAUCAUCAUUCUCCCUGAAGACAAAAGGAUGGAAUAUAUCCUUGUCCCUGACUCAGAAAUAAUAGUAACCAUGGUAAAGGAAAAGAUGUUCCCAAAUGAACCCACUGAUCCUACUGUGAUCACUUCUCCAUUAAAAAAUAAGAAUCAAUUCUAUAGGAAAGUCACUUCAUCUAUUUUUAACAUUAAUGCCCAAGAUGAAGCAGAAAAUAUCUUAUUAUCCAAAGUGGACAAUGUUAAAGAUAGAAAUCAUAUGGCAGAGACUCAACACUCAUGGGACAGCAUAAUUCCUUUGGCUGACCUCAGUGCCAUCCCUGAUGGUAAAUUUCCUUUUAUCAAUGAAAAUACUGAAAUUAUAAACAACAGGGCUUCAACCUCUUCCUUACCAGUGAAUACAGUCCACACUGUAAAUGAUAUAACUACUCUCUCCACUGAGAGCAGGUAUGAAGAAGGUGAUUCUAUGCUACCAGAAGACAAUAAUAAAUCAAGAGGAUUCCUAGCUCUCCCAAUUCCAGAAAAGCCCAUGUUCAUUCCUAAUGCCUUAAGUACAAAUCUUGAAAUCUCUGACCCAGCGGCAAAAAACUUCUUGGCUAAUUCUUCAGUCCUAUGGCCAAACAUGUUUAAGUCAAUAAUUGAAUACCCUAGUUCUAUUAAUGGUGGUGAUAAUCCCAUUAAAAAUAAGACUGACCUCAAGCAUUACUCCUUAACCUCAACUAAACUUCCCACUGGUUCCAUUACUUUUUCAGAUGAUCUCACAAAUAGUGAGUUUGAUUCCUUGCCCUUAGUAAACAGAGAAACUCCUGAUUUUUCUAAAACCGAUACAGGUGAAAUAUACUCUGAAUUUCAGAGAACAGUCAUGAAAGCCUUUUUUCCUACAAAAGUCUCUCAACACAGGGUUUAUGAAGAAAGAAAAAAUGCUAAUUUUUCUGAUCAAGAUCUAGAUACUAAAUUUGACUUAAGCCACAUAAUAGAUGCAACUAUUCUCAGUUCGGUUACAGAGAAAAUACUUCCCUCAGUAACCAAACCUAGUACUCUGUCCAAGAGUGACACUAAUGUGGAAGAAGUCCAUAUUUCUAAAGCAGGCAAUUUUUUCCCAAAGGAUGCAAGUUCAUUGAAAGAUAAUUCUUUCACUGUUGAAUUUGGUGCUACUCUUACUGAACCUCAAGCACCUCUCAAUAUAGAAGAAAUAUUUUCAGGUGAGUCCACAUUAAGUCUUCCCAAAGCAUCUAGGUAUAAUGAUCAAAGCUCUUCUCUUGAAGUCACUAGAGGAGAAGGAAUCAUUGCAAACACUCCCACUGGGACAUAUGGCCUACCACCAUGGAAAUCAACUCUUCUUCCUUCUGAUUUCGCAGUCUUCAGGCAUUCAUCUAAGUAUUUUGAACUUGAUCCAGUUACUAAAGUGAAAAAAGAUACUACAACAAAGACUGAUAAUAUUAUUCCAACUGAAGAAAGAAAUACUCUACCUGACAAAGUCACUAUUUUACCUACUAUCAUUAUUUCAACAGAAGACAUGAAAAACCCUAUUGAUACUAUUAAUAACAAUAAAUUUGGAUAUAAUACUUUUAUAAAGGAAGAUAUACCCACUGAAGAAGUUCCUUUUAUAGAAAAUAUUUCAGAAGAGGCAUAUAACACCCUUUUGGCAGGUGAAAAUAUUUCAAACAAUGAGGAUAUAAUAACUAUUAUGCCUAUUGACAAUGCCCUUGAUGAUGUAGAAGAUAACUCUGUUUUUGAACUAAUAAAGGAAGAAAAUGUUCCUCUUAUAAGAAAGAUCACACUCACUGACUCCAAUGUCUUUGAGUCUCAUGCACCCUAUGCCAGUGUGGCAACCUUGGAACAUUUAUUACAAGGAUCUCCAAUUGAUAUCCAAACCACCAAAAAUCACCGAAGCUUAAUCCCCAAAGAAGGGAAUCAUAAUUCUGACACUGAUGCCACUCUUCUCAAAAGGUCUACUAUCAAUUUUAGUAUUAAGGCCCCUAGAUCUGAGAUUUAUCCUCUAACUGAUUCAAGUUGGAUGUUUUUACCUGAGUUUCUGGAUGAAGCAGAUAUAGAAAAUAGUUUCCUAACAGGAGAUAAUAUUGUCACUACUAUCCCUAAAGGCAAAAGACUGAAUUACCCAUUUAUUAGAGACCCAGAAUUAAUAACAAGAAUGGGAAAGGGCAGUAUAUUCACAACUGAUCCCACUGAUCCUGCUGUGAUGAUCAGUCCCAUAGAAUAUGAAGACCAAUUCAACAGGAGAGAUAUCUCACCUGCUUUUUAUAACAGUGCUGUCCCAGAUGAAGCAAAAAUCACCCUAUCAGCCAGAUUUGAUGCAAUGAAACAUAAGCCAAGCGUGGCAAAUAUGCUCCAUUCACAGAACAUUAUUCCUUUGGCUGAGUUCAAUGUCAUUCCUGAUGAUCUCCUCUUUAUCAAUCAAAAUACUGAAGAAAACAACAUAGCUUCAAUCUUUUCCUCACUUAUGAAUAAGGCAGCCAGCACUAUGGGUGAUUCCAUUGUUCUUUCCACUGAAGGUAGUUAUGAAGGUGGUGAUUCUAUGUUACCUGGAGAAGAUAAUGUUAAAUCUAGACAAUUCUUAUCUCUAUUGACAUCUGCCAUGCCUAUUCCUAAUUCCUUAACUGAAAAUCCUGAAACCUUGGGUCUAAUGACAGAUAACUUUUUGUCUGAAUCUUUGAUAACCAUGCCGGAAGUGUUAGAGAGGGCAACUGAAUAUGGUGAUGUUCCAGAGAGACAAAUAAUAACUCAAGCUGAUAUUCAUUUCUAUCCAUCGACAUGGAAUAUUCCUCCAACUGGAUUGACUUUUUCAGAAGGUAUCACAGAUGGUGAAGUUGAUUCAUUUUUCUUUAUGAGUAGAGAUAUUCCAGACAAUUAUAAAACUAAGACUGACAAAAUGCAUUCCAAAUCUCAAAGAAGAAUAAUAAAAGCCUUUUCCCCUAGAGAAGACUCUCAAAAUAAUAUCUACAAGACAAGAAAAAUAACUAAUAUUUUCAAUCAAGAUCCAGCUGCUAAAUUGGAAUUAAGUCAUUUUACAAAUGCAUCAGUUUCUAUCCCAGCUAUAGAGAAAAUCCUUUCAUCAGCAACUGAGUUCAGUCCUCUCUCCAAGGAUGACAACAAUAUGAAUGAUUAUUUCACCCGUAAAUUUGGUGCUACUUCCUUCAAACCUCAAACACCUCCAAAUUUAGCAGAAAUCUUCUUAGCUGAUUCCACAUUAACUCUUCCAAAAACAUCUAGGCCUGCCUCUCCUGAUGAAGUCACUAAUACAGAAGGGUCCAUCACAAGCACUCCAACUGGUUUAUAUGGUCGACAAUGGAGGUCAAUUUUUCCUCCUCCUGAUUUUACACAAUCCAUGGGAACUUCAAAAUAUUCUGAACUUGUUCCUGUAACUAUUAUGGGAAAAGACACCACAAAAGAGAUUGAUUAUAAUAUUUCACCUGAAGAAAUAAUUAUUCUAUCUGAUGAAGUUAGCCUUUCACCUAUUAUCAUUUCCCCUGACAAAGGCAUGGCAAGUACUUUUAAAGGGAACAUACAUAAGCACAAAGAUCUAAGAGAGAGAAAGAGGGCUGAUGAAUAUGAUGAAAUCAUUUAUUUUACAGAAGGCACUUCAGAAAGUGCGGGUGAUAAUUCUGCAGGUAAAAUCAUUCCAGUAUAUGUGGACCCUAUAAUUGUUAUGUCUGAUGACAGUGGUUCUGAACAGGUCUCAGAUAAAUAUGGCUUUGAAUUAGAGAACAGAGCAAAUAAUUCCCUUUAAAAAUGAAUAUAGUGGGCUCUCUCCAGAGCAUACCCAUACCAUUCCUCCCCUGAUGUGUCCUCCUUUAGCUCUAAGGGUCCCCACAAGACUUGCAACUGGGGGAAAGUGGGCAGUGGCAGUUCAUCCCUGGUUUAUUCCUUGAACCUGUCUCCAAGGGCCCCUUUUCUCUGGCUUUUUAGUGAGCCAAAGCAGCCUUGUCUAGGCUCUCUGCUGUUUCUUCUUCUAUCCUAAACUCCUCCUUGUUUCAUUGUCCCAAGCUUUAAUAAAUGUACUCUCAAGAUCAAAAAACAAAGUAAAAUAAAAAUGAUUAUAUGCA